GGGGGUCCCAGCGGCUCGGAGCCCGGCGCCCCCCCUCCCCAGCUCUGCUCUGCCGGGCGUCCCCGGGCGGCGGCGGCGGCGCUGACAGCCCGCCCGGAGCACCGGGGGCGGCCUCGGCCACCAUGUCCUCCCCCAGCCCGGGCAAGAGGCGGAUGGACACCGACGUGGUCAAGCUUAUUGAGAGCAAGCACGAAGUCACAAUCUUAGGAGGACUCAAUGAAUUUGUUGUGAAGUUUUAUGGACCACAAGGAACACCAUAUGAAGGUGGAGUGUGGAAAGUUAGAGUCGACCUUCCUGAUAAAUACCCUUUUAAAUCGCCGUCUAUAGGAUUCAUGAAUAAAAUUUUCCAUCCCAACAUUGACGAAGCGUCAGGAACCGUAUGUCUAGAUGUAAUCAAUCAAACUUGGACAGCUCUCUACGAUCUCACCAAUAUAUUUGAAUCGUUCCUGCCCCAGCUGCUGGCCUAUCCCAACCCUAUAGAUCCUCUAAAUGGUGAUGCUGCAGCCAUGUACCUCCACCGACCAGAAGAGUACAAACAGAAAAUUAAAGAAUACAUUCAGAAAUAUGCAACAGAAGAAGCACUAAAAGAACAGGAAGAAGGCACCGGGGAUAGCUCAUCCGAGAGCUCCAUGUCUGACUUCUCGGAAGAUGAGGCUCAGGAUAUGGAGUUGUAGUAAAAGAGGCAACCUGAUUUUUGGAGAGACUCUUAAUUUCCUAACCAUAAGAAGCAGACUAUAAUAUUCAUAUUUAAACAAAGCAAUUUUUUUUAUUACUAAACAAGGUUUUUAUGAAUAAUAGCAUUGAGAUAUAUAUAUCACCCUUUAGAUCUUGAUUUUCUUGGUCAUUUCUCGAACCCGAGGUGCAUAGCAUAUUCCCACAUUCCAUUUUGGUAGCAAUAUGCAGCCCGAAUGCAUGCAUUCAGAUUCCAUUUGGCCAAGUCAACUUGUGUGCUACUAAACUGUCAGCUAAAACAGCUGCCCUGGUAGGUAGGGAGUUAGUCAAAAGAGAUGUUUGCUUUCUUUAUCAGAGGUUUCCAAAGACACCACCUUGGAUGCUAACGUGGAGCAGCAUUGUCUCAAAGCCUAAAGUCUGGGGGAUGAUACACUUAAGCGUGUAGAUCAGACAGUGGAAUCAAAGGUGCUCCUUCAGGUCAACCUUGCUGAUCCUGUUUCACAUGGAAGUCACAUUAAAAACCCAAUCAGAGAGAAUACAAAUGCAUGGAGCUAUUGAGAGCAUUGAAGCUUGAACUAAGUUGACUUGGAUUUGAAGGCUGUUUUUUCCUAUGUGGACUCCUGCCUGCCCUUCUGAACUGUAGGGACUGACAACCACUGAUCUGUUUGCUUUUUGGGGACUUCUGAAAGCCUUUCGUGUGGAUGUUCCUCACUUCCUUGGUGUGGAUUACCAGCCGUUCCCUUUGUGGGAGGAAGAAAAGAAAGAAAGAACAACACAAACCACAAGUGAUGCUCUCUGAACAGUGCUUUGAUUUAGCUGGAGCACAUCUGAAGUCAAAACUCUUCCUUUGUCAGAGUUUUGGAACUGCUGCCCUUUAAUGGCUUCGAGAUUGCUUUUUCUUUUGGGGAAGGGGGGGGGGGGGUUGGUUGGUUUAUUUUCUUUCUCUUGCUUGAAGUAUGGUUAAACACCUCACAAGCACUCUCCAUCUCCUAAGAGAGGGUCCUCUGACCAGAUGGAUUAGCCUGGCUGAGAGCUUUGGAUCCACGACGAUUGGCCCCAUUGGCUGUAGUCCACGAAUCCAUCGGCACUGGUUUCUGUUUUCCUUUUUGCCUCCCCCUUCUGCACCAGCUUGGUAGCCAUCUGCUUGUGUGUGUACAACAGGAUUAAAGUUCCUUUAAGAGUUAACAAAAGAAUAUGAUCUAGAAAGAUAAUUGAGAUGAAUAAAAGAGCCUAAAAGCACCCGCUGAGGAAGCAAAAGUGAAUCUGCUCUGGUUUGUUUUGGGGUUUGGUUUGUUGUUUUCUUCUUUAUUCCAGGAUGCUUCCCACUUGGAAUGUUUUGAGUUUCUCCUGGUGUCCUGCGGCAAGCUGAGAUUUGUGUUUGGUUUGAUGCUAUGAAAUCUAAUCCAGUCAAUGUCUACCUGGCAUGCCAGUGUAACUUGAUUUUGGAUCACUGUGCACUGGAGAUGGGAACUGAAGCUGGAUUCCUUUAAAGCCGAAUGUUACCUGCUGUAUCCUUCUGGGGGGUGUUGUUUUGGACAAGGUGUUUUGAUUCGUGGUGCAACCAACAUGGAGAAAUGAACCCACCCACCCUGAGCAGCUCUGGAGCAGGGUCUGGAAUGUCUCAUUUGUUCCUUUGUCGUUCUCCCAGAAUGAUUGGGGGUUUAUUUGGGAUUUUGCUUUAGGAAUGCCACCAAGUCGGGGUUGGAAGGUCACAAUCCUAUUCCUGCUUCAUAAAGCACAAUCAAUUCCUUUUUCUUUGGGGUAGGGGGGGGAGUUGGGAGGGAAGAAAACCAACUCAUAAAGUACCACUUUGCUUUAGCAUGAUUUUCCUUAGUAAAACCCUACAACCAAAUCCUUUCUGUUAAUGAUGGGCAUGAAACAAAGGUUUUGAUUUCCCCCCUCCCCUUUUGAUUUUAAAGCAGUAAUGUUAGGGCUGUGGCUAGUGACUGUGCUGAAGUUUUCUAUCUAGCAUUUGUGGCUUGUGGGAAGGGUAAUAUUAACUAUUUAACAUGUUAUGGUGUCCUUAACUCUUAUCUAGCACGCUGUUGUUCUCAUUACUUUGGGGAGGGAGGGGCCAGGGUUUGCUGGCACUGUUUAACUUGCUUACCUGCUGCCCUAGCAGUUUGCUUGUGCUAUAACCUUUACUUGUAGGUGCUACUUAGGAGUAGAGUUCAGUGCUGGGUGGUGAUUGCAGUUUCAAAGAUUAAAAAGGACAAAAAAUCACAAUAAAAAUUUGUAUUUUUUCAA